AUGGAGGAGCUACUGGCCUUGACCAAAAUCUCGAGCACCAUCGAGGCCGUUGACAGUUUUACGUACCUUGGCAGCGUCAUCCAUCGGGACGGGCAGUCUUCGCAUGAUGUUCAGUCCCGUCUCGCCAAGGCUUCGAGUGUGUUCGGCGGUCUCCGUGUCCCCGUGUUUGAGAAUCAGUCGUUAUCUCUCCGCUGUCGGCGCCGCGUGUACAUCGCCCUUGUGCUGACGACCCUCCUGUACGGAGCAGAGACGUGGACGCCGAAGGCACCGAACCUGCGCUCUCUCAACGCCUUUCAUCACCAGUGUGUUCGCAUCAUUGUUGGCGUAUCCAGGCGGGACCAAUGGGACAACCGCGUUGCCUCUAUUACCAUGGCCAGAACCCUCGGCAUUGACUGUGACAUCGCGGACAUCAUCCGGGAAUAUCGACUGCGUUGGGUUGGCCAUGUUGGCCGGAUGAACGACGACCGUAUGCCGAAGCGAGUUUUGUUUGGGGAGCUCCCUGCAACACGCCCUUGCCAUGGUCCACGCAAGCGGUGGCGUGACGUCAUCGUGGAUGAUCUCCGCUCCAUCAGCCUCCCUGUGCCUUCUGACUGCUGGUUUGAUGCUGCCCAGGAUCGCUCUGCCUGGAGGCAGAUUGCUCAUCGUCGUCCUCCCGCCCGUGCUCCUCCUGAUCCUGACUCUGGCUUCCGCUGUGCAUGUGGAAAGGCCUGCCGUCGUCCCGGGGAUCUCAAGCGCCACCCUCCGUACUGCAAAGCUAGCAGAUAG